GAGCUGCACGUCUUUUUCUGCAUCUCCUGUUCAACAGAAAGAAUCUUAAACAUCAGCAUGCUGCCAACUAACCUGUUCAUUGUGUCGCUGGUCCUCUUUCUGGCAACAACUGUUUCCAUGGCUCCCGUGGAGGAGAAGGAGCAGGAGGAGGUGGAGGUGGAGGCCACAGAAGAGGGGGAGCUGUCAGAGGAGGAGGAGGAUGAUGAUGACUCCAAGAGUCAGGAUAAGAUUGAGGGAGUUGCUGGCGAGCGGCAGACCACCACAGCGGCGGCAUCUGGCGGUUCAGGUGUUGCAGCAGCUAUGUCGUCUAACAUUCAGGAUAUGAGCGCUUCCAGCAGUCAGUCAGCGGGAGGUGGGGGGAAUUAUGGAACAGCGGGAAGUUCUGCAGGUCAUGGAAGUGAAUCUUCGAUGGACUCAGAAGCUGGAGUUGAGAGCAGCUCAACAACACAAACAGGUUCUGACGGAGUGGACUCAGAGUCCAACGGUAACGGACAGAAACUGAUGAAUGGAGGGGAUGUAGGGGGCGGAGCUGACAGUCAGACAGGUCCGCUGGAUUCCACAGUGAUCAGUUCGGGUGUGACAGCAGCUCAGUCUGUGGAUAAGAGCAGCGGUUUCAGUCUGGACUCUCUUUCAGAUCCUGCUUAUCACUCUGACAUCAGCAUCAACCAAUCAGGACCAGACCACAGCUCUUUGAGCUCAGCGCCCGACCAAUCACAUUCCAGCUCUUUCUCUGUCUCAGGCUUCUCCCACUUUGCAGUCCAGGGGGAUGUAGCAGAUUCAUCAUCUUCAUCCCACAGUGAAGCUCAAAGAGUACAGACAGACGGAGCCGACCUACCCAACACUAACGGAAUCGGUCGACAGACUUUGCUGACGAACACAAACGGAGAGGUUCUGGUAAUGUCAGCAAGUGGAGCGGAGUCCGGUCUUCACACCGAGCUCACAGCGUCAGGUCUUGGACUUCAGCCAAAUGUCACAGUGUCGCCCCUCGCUGUCCUCCACACAGACACACUGCCCUCAGUUUCGCAUGGGUACUCCCACACAGAGCUGGUUAGCAUGGCAACAGACUCCACAGGGACAUACACAGUUUCAGCAGAUCCAACAGGAACUCCAUUUGACUUCAGUCAUCCAGCUGUGACGGAUCACACACAGAUGGCUGGUCAAGUCACUGAACAGUACUACCCAUCUGGUCAGGGUCCUGAAGGUACAAAAAAUGUGGAAUUGGAGGAUACCUGCUGACUUCCACAUAAAGCCGCAAGUUCGAUUCCUGCGCUACAGCUUCCAGUGUACCGACAAAUCAGCAAUGCCGAGGAAAUCAACCCCCUUCCACUAGCCGUAGGCCACGCCCACUGAGUGCCAGCAACUCAUUGGUGUUUUUUUUUUAAUAUUUAAAAUGUGGAAUUCUGUUUAUAGAAUUGUAUUUUGUCUUAGAGAAAAAUUAUGGAAAAAAAAUUUCAGCUAAUUUUUCCAUGUUUCUGAUUUGACUUCCUCUUCACAAUCAGGAUUGUAAACUUCUACAAUAAAUGUCUAUUUCGAACAUUAAA